AUGGGCGCUGCGGAUAAACUGAUCUGGACUCCAACAAAGUCAGGAGACUACUCUACGAAGUCUGGAUACUACUCAGCUGUGGAGAUGGAUAGGUCUUUGAACCCAAUCAAUCCGGCUCACGCUUUUAACUGGAUUAAAAAUGUUUGGGCUACCAAAACGGCUCCAAAGAUCCAAGUGUUUCUGUGGAAAGUAAUGCAGGGAGCCCUACCGCUCGGAGCUACCUUACAAAGACGUGGGCUACUAGCUAGCUCAGUGGUUUGUACGAGGUGCGGGGAGGAGGAAACAGCUGCACAUCUCUUUCUGCACUGUCAGUUUACGAGGAGAGUCUGGGAGACACUCCCACUUUCAGAGCCUAUAGACCCUUCAAGAUUCGACUCGUUUAGUAUGGAAAUCUCCAGCACCCCAGGUAUAUCCUGUCUCCCACCAUCUGGAGUCACUAUUGAUCUAUUCCCCUGGCUCUGCUGGUGCUUAUGGACAGCUAGAAACUCGCGCAUCUUCGAGAAUGUUAACCUCUCAGCGAUUGAAAUUGGAAGCAAGGCUGUGCGUCUAGCAAGAGAAUGGCAAAUCGCCCAACCACUGAAACCAGAGCACCGUGCACUUCAACCUAUCUCCCGUAGAAGUGCCACUAACAAUGUGGACAUGGUGAUAUGUCAUUCAGAUGCAUCAUGGUCCUCACAUACCAAAGCAGCGGGAUGUGGGUGGUGGUUCUCCGAUACAGCAGGAACUAAACUCGGGCAGGGCUCCUCGACAGAACAGCACGUGUCAUCACCCCUCAUGGCGGAAGCGAUCGCGGUUAGGGAAGCUCUCCUCCACGCAAAGACACUCCAGUUCGCCAAAAUCUGCUUGAAGUCAGAUAAUCAAGUGCUUAUCAACGCACUUUCCUCGAAGAUACAUCCGGUGGAGAUCUAUGGACUCAAUUUGGAUAUCGAGGCUCUAUCAGCUACCUUUUCUUUUCUGCAUUUUUCCUUUAUCCCUCGCCGUCUAAACUCUGUUGCGGAUCUUAUUGCUAAGUUUGCAACUUGUAACACGUACUCUGUCUUGCCGCUUUAG